CUUGUACUUGUACUCUGCCCUCGACUCGUCUCUCCUCAAUUCUCCCGCUUCUCCAAGCUGCGUGUCGUCGCAACACCGGAAACAUCAAGAGCACGUCGUUCGGUUUUGGGCGUCGCUUCUUUUGACCUCGAGCCGCCCCGUCGGCUUCCCGUGCAGAUCGCCUCCGACAUCGGCCGAGUCCAUUGGAAAAAAGGACGGCGAGUUUGCAAACCUUCAUCCACGACUUCAACGUCAAACGACACGUUAGGCGCCAUGACAUCCAGAUCCGACAUCACCUAUUUUGGUGCAGGUCCAGCUCUGAUUUCUACCGAAGUCCUCGAGGACGCUGCCAAGGCUCUCCUUAACUAUCAUGACACCGGCCUAGGCGUCGCCGAACAUUCCCACCGUUCGCCGCUGGCAGCUGAUAUCAUCAAUCAAGCCAAAGCUGAUCUAGCCACCUGUCUCGAUAUUCCAGAUGACUAUGAGAUCCUUUUCAUGCAAGGCGGUGGCACGGGACAAUUCUCCGCUGCAGUGUACAACUUUGCUGGCGCCUGGGUUGCCCGCAAGCACAAGGAGAUCUUUGGGGACAUUCAAGGCGAUCCUACCGACCACCCCGAAUUGAUUCAGCAACUCAAGCAAGCUGUCGACAAUGACCUCAAGUUUGACUACCUUGUUACUGGCACCUGGUCCCAGAAAGCCUCAGCUGAAGGCGAGCGGCUCUUGGGCUCAAAGCAUAUCAACAUUGUAGCAGAUGCCCGAAAGUCGAACGGCGGCAAGUUUGGAACGAUCCCGGACGAGAGCGAAUGGAAGCCAUCUAAAGAUGCAGCUUUCGUCUAUUUUUGCUCCAACGAGACAGUCGAUGGGGUUGAAUUCCCUGCAUUUCCCAAGUCUUUGGAGCCGGGGCCUGAUGGAAAGGGCCCAAUUGUUGUCGCCGAUAUGAGUUCGAAUAUCCUCACGAAACAGAUUCCGGUUAAGAACUAUUCGGCUAUCUUCUUUGGCGCCCAGAAGAACCUCGGACCGGCUGGAAUUACCGGGGUAGUGAUCAAGAAGAGCUUCUUACCGCCAGUCAUCUCCCAACCUUCUGCAAAUCUCAUGAGACAACUGGGCCUGCCUAUUCCACCGAUCAUCUUCCAAUACGAGACUAUUGCAAAAAACAACAGUCUGUAUAAUACAUUGAGCAUCUUUGAUGUAUACGUCAUCGGCCGGGUUCUUAGGAAGAUGGUUGAAACAUACCCAAACAAGGUAGAAGAACAGCAAGCUGUAUCUGACAAGAAGGCUCAACUUAUUUAUGACGCCAUUGAGGCCUUUCCCGAGGUCUACACAAUCGUUCCCAACAAGGCAGUACGGUCGCGUGUCAACAUCUGCUUCAGAGUUAAGAAAGGUGGCGAUGUGGAUGCCGCUGAGAAGGCCUUUAUUAAGGAGGGUGCUGCCCAGGGAUUGACUGGGCUAAAGGGACAUCGUUCGGUUGGCGGAAUUCGAGCGAGCAACUACAAUUCGAUUCCCCUCGAAGGUGCAGAGAAGCUUGCCAGCUUUAUCCGCGCUUUCGCAACGUCAUAGGAGCUCAGUGCUAGUCUAAAAUGUGGUUCCUCCUAAUACAUCAAGAAUGUUGCGUUGCACCAUAUGUCUCGCGGCCACCAACGUAGCAUUUGCCAGUCUGAAGCAUGCACAAUAUAGUGGUGAUAGCUUACGUGACCUUCCCUUCUCCACGACCAUCCGACCAAAUUCUAGCCGGACUUGGUUUUCCUCUUGCACUGCCGCUCCUGUCACGGUAGGAGCCGGUCGAUGGCGACGGUCCGCGUUUGAAAACGCAACAUCGGCAGCACCAGCUUUGGCUAUCAAGGACCUGUGGUGUGCUGACGUAGGGGUGGGAACGACAUUGCCAAUCAUGUAGAACUGAAGCAGCUCAAGUGGUACUGAAUAUUGGCCCUAUUGGGAAAGCGGAAUUUAUAGAAACAUGUUCAUACAGUUGGAGACCAG